GUGAAUAUCGCGUAGAGGAAGAAUUGUAUGGCUCAUUGAAACUGUCAAAACGACAUUUGAAAGAGAGUUGCACGUGAAGAUUGAAAUACUUUGUGAUACAUUUUUGCUCGUCGUUGUUCAUAAACAAGCUUAAAAAGUUAAGUAAAAACAUGGCGGUCCGCGUACAAUUUGAAAAUAAUAACGAAGUGGGAGUGUUUAGUAAAUUAACAAAUUCUUAUUGUAUGGUCGCAAUCGGCGGCUCUGAGAAUUUCUACAGCGUUUUCGAAGCGGAGUUAUCAGAAGCAAUUCCUGUCGUACAUGUUAGCAUAGCCGGCUGUAGAAUUAUUGGUCGCAUGACAGUAGCCAACAAGAACGGCCUGUUGGUACCGUCGUCCACGACGGACACAGAGCUGCAACACAUCAGAAACAGUUUGCCCGACAGCGUCAAAGUGCAACGAGUCGAAGAAAGGCUGAGCGCUCUCGGAAACGUAAUAGCGUGCAACGACUAUGUAGCUCUAGUGCACCCGGACCUCGACCGCGACACUGAAGAAAUUUUAGCAGACACGCUCGAUGUAGAAGUGUUCCGACAAACGGUAGCCGGUAACGUACUCGUAGGCUCUUAUAUAGCACUGAGCAACCGAGGGGGGCUUGUGCAUCCUAAAACCACUAUACAGGAUCAAGACGAGCUCUCGUCCCUCCUGCAGGUGCCCCUUGUGGCUGGCACAGUGAACAGGGGCAGUGAAGUGGUGGCUGCGGGGAUGGUGGUCAAUGACUGGUGUGCAUUUUGUGGCAUGGACACUACAUCUACUGAAAUAUCUGUGAUUGAGAGUGUUUUCAAAUUGAACGAUGCCAAGCCUACUGCCAUCACAUCAACAAUGCGAGCGUCCCUCAUUGACAGCAUGUCAUAACACCAGUGGGCACAGCUAGUGACUAUAGCAUUAUUGAUUGUGUGACUUUUAGUUUGUACACAUUUUCUAUGAUAAAAUAUUACAGGUAACAUUUCUGUUGGCUGAUUAAUUUGCAAAUACAAAUUUUUAAAAUGACAAUUGACUAAAUUACACAAUGUACAUAUUGCU